CUGACAGUAUGGAUCGUGAAACAAUUCAGUGCAGUUGCAGUAUCAACGAGAGCGGCUGCUAGGUAGUGUCGGCUCCCUAGCAUCAAGGUCGCACAUAGUUGGCUUGGAUUGUGAGAUAGUGGUUCAAAACCGUGCAACUAUGAGAUACUUACUACUAUUAGAAUAUUUGAUUUUUGCUGUACUUCUUCGAACGACGAGCUCAUCCCAAUCCAAUCAAAAACAAUGCGGAAUACCACAGGUCGGUGGUAACGAGUUGAUAGUACACGGACAGGACACCUCUCCUGGUGACUGGCCGUGGCAUGUUGCCCUUUACCAUCGCAAAGGUCGAUCCACUGACUACGCUUGUGGAGGAACCAUAAUCAACGAGCAGUACAUCCUGACGGCAGCGCAUUGUGUUAUGAACAGCGUAAAUGGAUUCCAGCUGGCUCCGAAUCGAUUAUUUGUGCGGAUGGGGAUUCACGAUUUGGAAUCAUUCGAUCCGAAGUCGGUGCAACAACAUGAAGUAGGGAAAGUCCACAAGUUUGCAAAUUUCACCCGACUGGUCGAUGACAUAGCGUUACUCGAGCUGAGUACGAUCAUCCGAUUCAAUGAUUAUGUUCAACCGGCUUGUGUUAAUCUGGAGCCAAAUAUAACAGGAGAGUUCGGAACGGUAGUUGGUUGGGGACUAACGGAGGAUGACGAGACAUCGGCCGCCUUGAAACGAGCAGAUAUGCCAGUUAUUGAUCCCGUAACGUGUCUGAAAAGUGAUCGCGUACUUUUUGGACAAACCUUAGACGAAGGACUGUUCUGUGCGGGUUACACUAAUGGAACAAGUGUGUGUAAUGGUGACAGUGGAGGAGGAUUUUUUUUCAAAAGGGCCAAUGCAUGGUUUGUGGGGGGGAUUGUGUCCUUUUCUCAGACUCGAUCUGGUGGCACAAAUUACUGUUAUACGAAAGGUUAUGGAGCCUUUACCCGAGUUCAAAAAUACCUCUCCUGGAUUCGAGAAAUCACAAAGAUGCCGUUAGUUCCUGAUAGUGAUGUACGUAUUUGCAAAUCAGAGGUUCCCGAUCCAGCAAAGACAUAUCCCAACUAUUUUCCUCGACAGUGUGGAGUGUAUAUUCCUAACCGCAUCGUUGGAGGGCAAACUGCACGUGUAUUUGAGUUCCCUUGGAUGGCGAUAUUACAAACUAAAGACAGUGACUUUUUAUGUCCAGGAACGCUAAUCAAUAAGCGUUAUAUCUUGACUGUUGCUCACUGUAUAAGAAAUGAUCUACCGAACAAAGUAACUCUGGGCGAGCAUACACUUGGCCAGGGUACGGAUUGCAACGGAAACGAGGAUUGUGCUCCACCUGUACGACAGUAUAGAAUUGAGUGCAUCAUAACACACCCAGAUUUUGCGAUAAGGAAGCAGCAACAUGACAUUGCACUAAUUCGUUUGAGCGAGGAUGUUACGUUUGAUGAUCACAUUCAACCAAUUUGUCUGCCGCACACAGCGGAUCUCAGGGGCCAUCAACCCUCGCGGUACAUCAUCACUGGAUGGGGUAGAACUGGUAUGGGGGAAGGUGCAUCAAACACACUGCUAAAAGCGACCAUUUACCCCGCAAAUCGAACUCAGUGCCAAGAGUGGCUGAGUCGUUCUAAAAGGGGUUUCGAAUUAAAUGAUGGGCAAAUAUGCGCGGGAGGAAGAGAGCCGAAUCUAGCGGACACUUGUGCUGGAGAUAGCGGCGGACCGCUGGGAUACGGUGCCAAACUCUACGGAACACGCUUCGUGCAGUUUGGUAUUUCUUCACUUGGAAUAGGAUGCGGAAUAGGAGCUCCCGCUAUUUAUACGAAUAUUUCCUAUUACAUGGACUGGAUUUCGGCCAAUUUGAAACCAUGAGAUUUGUAAAUAAAUGCGAAAUAUGUUCUCAGGACGCGUA